GUUACUGUAAUGCCCAUGUUGUAUGUAUGAACAUGUUGGAGGCAUGUGAGGGUAAGACUUUGGUGUUGGGGGAUGGAAACUUCUCCUUCUCCCGAGCGCUGGCACAGAGGAUGGUGAACCCUGACCAGCUGACUGCCACAACUCUGGGUAGGGAGGAAGACGCACUGAGGACACACUCAGAUGCUGGGAAUAACAUUCAGGCUCUCCAGGACAAAGGUGCUGUAAUCAUUUUUGGAGUAGAUGCCACAGACUUGAACGCAUGUCUGGGACUCCGAGGCCAGACUUUUGAUCACGUCAUCUUUAACUUCCCUCACGUGGGAAGGAAGACACCCAUCAAACGCAACAGGGAACUGCUCAGGAAGGUCUUCACAAGCUGUACAGAGCUCCUGUCUGCUGAAGGUAAGUUGUACGUGACCCUGUGUCAGGGUCAAGGUGGAACACCUGCCGACCAACCACAGAGAGCGUGGCAUAACUCCUGGCAGGCGGUUGCCAUGGCAGCGGAGGCGGGGCUUAUCCUGGGAGAGGUGGUGCCAUUUUGUGCUGAAGACUGGGAAGUGUACAUGCCGUCUGGGUACAGGAGCAGAGAUAAGGCUUUCCACACAGAGGGUGCGCUAACCCACAUCUUCGCACAGAGCUGCCCCCUGGCACCUGUGACACAAACUGCACCCACACUGUUAGCCAGAGUGGAAGGCAGAGACAGGCUAUUCUCUAAACCUGCUGGAAUAAGGCAUAAGAUUGGCAGAAACCUACAUCAGAAGGAGGACCAUCCUGUUGCCAUGGUAACCAAACAACUGUUAAGUCUUCUUGAAGAAACUUUUGGUGUUGAUCAUCUGAAGACGGAAGACUUUUCUAUCGUCUGUUCCUCGGCUGAUGUUGACAUGGCUGAUGCACUAAGCGAUGGUCAGGUGAAGACAAGACUGAUCCAGGUGAAAGAGGAUGGUACAGAAGAAACAUCAGCUGACCACACCUGCUGGUACCUGCGGCCCAGUCUGACAACACACCUGUCCACAAUCCUACAGACAUCACUACAGCCUGGGCUCAUGCAUGUACUCACUGGUGAGGUGUUCUCUCACUGUGCCAUCUCUACUCACACCUGUCCUGUGCAGUACCAGCUUUUGGGAAUACUCAUUCUUCCUGAACACACUGGAGACAGUAGUGAUAGCAGGGAACUAGCAACAGUGGAUAACUCAUGUCAAGUACACCCGAGUACCAUACCUGGUAUGCUCUGUACUGAACCAACUACAAACUUACAACAAGGCCCAGGGAUUGGAAUCAAAACCCAAGCUGCCUCCAACCCACUAAAGAGAUCUGACUGUCUCUCUUCUCUACUUGGUCUAGAUUUAAGGACAAAGGGCACAUUUAUAGACAUGAAGGAUUCUUUGAGUGACGUGUGUUCCUUUGUAAGUUGUGUUGAGCAGAUAGUGUCUUCCAUUGUACAGUUGGAUCUUGCUCCAUCCCUGUCCUCCAAUAGGCAGUCUGUUAAUUUAUUGGCUGCUAGCAGUACAGACAAAAGCACUCAUGUCCCAACAGGUCAAGUGUUUGUUCUGAACCAGGGUAUUUUACCAGGCUGUAGGAUACCUGGGCACAGAGUUUUGUGCUUCACACUGAACUUAGACAGGUUAGCACUGCUGAAAUUCAGCAUUCCUGACGUCAGGUUGCUGUGGACUGAAGACAAGCGUUUCUACGAACAAUUCAGAGUUCAAUCCCACCCAGCCACACCUUCUGUAACAUACCUUGAGUUCAGCAAGUUCCCGCCCUCCUACAGCUACGACAUCAGUUUUUGGGAAAACCCCAAUGCAGACUUCUGUGAGGAUGAUUUCAUGAUGUUACUACGUGAUGUGAGCCAUGAUGUUGUGACAGAGGCGACUGUUAUUGACUGUUACACUCAGCCAGACACGGGGAGAAAGAGUAGGUGUUACAGACUGACUUUCCAGGCUCCUGACAGGGCCUUGAGCUCUUGUCAUGUUAAACAGAUCAUGGCAGAUCUAGGGAAAAGACUUGGGCAAGAUUUGGGUUUACAAGUCAGAUAGUGUUGUAUAGUAGUAUGAAGCCUCUACCAAGCUUCAGGGGUGCCUGAAAAUGACAACUAGACAGAUAUCAUACAAAAGGGAGUUGGUCUGCUAAAGAAGUACUGGUUGUCGCUUCUUUAGCGGACUUACUUCCCUGGCUUGUUAUCUAAUUGGCCAAUUUCUACAAUUACUGUCUCUUGAAUAUAUGUAUUGAAUAGCAGAAAAAUGUGUACAUAUUAAGGAGUUACCAUGCACUUAAAG